AUGGCCCAGUCGGGUCCGCUAUGGAGUCUCUACCCUCUGCUCGCUAUCAUAGCCUUGUGCGAAUUUUUCUGCGGUGUCGUACACCUGCUAUUCUGCCUACCACUCUACUUUCUUUGCCUUCCCUUAUUUAACGGAGUAUUCGGCUUGCUGGCCUCAUUUCAUGCAAUUUUUCUGCGUUACCCAAAUAGAUGUGAUUUCUACCUUCAAUCUAUCGGAUCUUUCACUUCCUUUGUAUUUUUCUUCUCAUCGCUUGUGGAAACUUAUUGUGUUGGGGACUUUAGUGGUUUGUUUCAAAUUCUUAGCCAAAAUGAUUUAAAGUAUCUUGGUCUUGUAGAAGCGAAUGCGAACAUGAAGGAGGGGGUCUGCUAUGGUUUAAAGUACCGUACCAUAUCUUCUGCAGAGUCAUGCCUAGAUUUUCUUGGCCCUCUGCAGAUGUCAUUUUUGACAAAAAUCGGAUGGGAAGCCAAGGAUCGAGAAUCCAUACGCUUCUUCAUCACGGCCUCGCUUUCAGUACUUUCAGGAAUUCACCUCUUCUGUACCACUGGACUCAUGGUAUACAGUGCCACAGAGACAAAAGUUCGACUUUAUUCCUAUCAUUACCAACUUGUGGUUGGUGUACUGAUUUUGUUGUACAUUUUUCUUCCUUGGGUUACCCUUUGCCAUUGGAGUGUACUCUAUAAUUCAAGGCAAGUUCCUAAUAGCAAGAUAUUUAAUAAAGAUAGAGAUAUAGAUAGAGUUGUGUUCAGUUCUAAAUGUAAACGAAUUCAGGUAAACAUGCCUCCAGAAUCCAUUACUCGCCACUGUCACUGGUUACCAGAUAAUGAAGAAUACUGCCUACGAGUGAUACAUUUCUCACACCCAUAUAUUGACUGGCAACCUAAAGAAACAGAGAGAGAAAUUGCUGUUUUACAGAUCGUCAUAUACAUAUUCCUACUCGCCUUCUCAUUUCUGCAGUUCGUCUUUUCAAUGAAGUCAGCAUUCACAACGAAAUUGAUAGAACUCUAUUAUUAA